AUGGAACAAAUGAAGAACAUUCCAUAUGCUUCUGAAGUCAAAAGUUUGAUGUAUGCUCAAGUCUGCACAAGGCCUGACAUUGCAUUUGUUGUUGGAAUGUUAGGACGAUAUCAGAGUAACCCAGGUUUAGACCACUGGAAAACUGCAAAGAAAGCGAUGAGAUAUCUUCAAGGAACUAAAGAUUACAAGCUUAUGUAUAGACGGACAAGCAAUUUAGAAGUUGUUGAUUACUCAGAUUUAGACUUUGCUGGUUGUGUUGAUUCACGUAAAUCAAUAUCUGGAUACAUUUUUAUAUUGGUUGGUCAAGCUAUAUCUUGGAGGAGCGUUAAGCAGACCUUGACUGCUACUUCUACUAUGGAAUCUGAGUUCAUAUCUUGUUUUGAGGCUACUUCACAUGGUGUAUGA